CCCUUAUUUGUGAUUGGUCAAAAGUUAGGCUAUGGGCUGGACCGUGGUCCCCUUUCCACUGUUUGUGUGCAUAGGGACCGUGCUCGCUCGCUGGUACUAUCGGCAUACAAAAUUUAAAUACGAUUUCAGCUUCAAGCACAAAGGGAAACCGAGUCAAACUUUACUUGGAUUUUCCGAGGGACGUUUGGCAUAAUUUCGCACAUCAGAACGCAACGUCCCUAAUUUCUGCGCUGGUCUUCGGUUUCAGGACCUGCUCAGUGGACACGCGAGAUUUUUUACUGCUUGACUUGUCUUGACUGCCUCCCAGGCGCAAUUCCUAGACUCAUCGUGCAUGUGUGUUGAAGGCGCUAAACACAAUUCUUAAGGAUCUGGAUCUGUGGUGGAAAGUAACUAUUCUGACCGAGCCGUCUCCACUGGUUUUUCGAUUUCCAAAGAAGCAGGACACCGCCAUCUGUCAGAGUUCACUGGUCUCCUCUCCGGUCUGACGAAAGAGUUUAGACCGAAAAGUUCAGACACAUACGCUCAGAGAUGGAGUUAAUCAAACGAAUGUUAUCAAGAUUGUUUUAAAUGGGAAACAACAUGGAAGUUAACUUCUGCUGUUGGUAAUUUUAGAUUUGAAAACUAGAAGGCUGCCUCUGUCAGAAUGGGAUUUUUACAGGUUGUUCUGUUCAUUUUUGAGAUUAUUCUACUGUCUGACUGUGCAAGGGGUCCCCCACGGGUGGCGGAGAAAAUCGCACAUCGGCAGACAGUGCGAAUCGGACGCACCAUGAAGCUGCCAUGUCCUGUAGAGGGCGACCCGCCUCCCCUCAUCAUGUGGACAAAAGAUGGACGCAACAUACACAGCGGCUGGAUGCGAUUCCGCGUCCUUCCCCAGGGUCUGAAGAUCAAGGAGGUGGAGGCAGAGGAUGCUGGAACCUUUGUCUGCAAGGCCACCAAUGGUUUUGGCAGUGUCAACAUAAACUAUACCCUCAUUGUCAUUGAUGACUCCAGCUUAGGGAGAGAUGGGCCAGGGGCUGCAGGCGAAGGAGACAUAGAGUAUGCCACCGACGACCUAUCAGGGAAACUAGUUCGGCCACGCUUCACACAACCUGCAAAGAUGCGGAAGCGUGUGAUUGCACGUCCAGUGGGCAGCUCCAUUCGGCUCAAGUGUGCAGCCAGUGGGAAUCCACGUCCAGACAUCGUCUGGCUAAAGGACAGCAAGCCACUGACACCACAGGAAGUAGGAGAGGGACGCAAGAAGAAGUGGACCCUGAGCCUAAAGAAUCUGACCCCUGAGCACAGUGGGAAGUACACUUGCCGUGUCUCCAACCGUGCUGGUGAAAUCAACGCCACCUACAAGGUGGAAGUCAUACAGAGGACAAACUCUAAACCCAUACUGACCGGAACUCACCCGGUCAACACCACAGUGGAUUAUGGCGGGACUACAUCAUUCCAGUGCAAAGUGCGCAGUGAUGUCAAGCCAGUUAUACAGUGGCUGAAGCGGGUGGAGCUGGGUGAUGAGAACAAAUACAACUCCACCAUUGAAGUGGGUGACCACCGUUUCGUAGUGCUGCCCACUGGUGAGGUGUGGUCACGACCUGAUGGCUCCUACCUCAACAAGCUGCUCAUCACACGUGCCAAGGAGGAGGAUGCUGGCAUGUACAUUUGCCUAGGUGCCAACACCAUGGGUUACAGCUUCCGCAGUGCCUUCCUCACUGUUUUUCCAGACCCCAAGCCACCCAGUGCAACCAUGCUCACCCCAACCUCCAGUGGCCUCCCCUGGCCUGUGAUUAUCGGGAUCCCAGCAGGUGUGGUGUUCAUCUUUGGAACAAUCUUACUGUGGUUGUGCCAGUCCAAGAAACAGUGCUCUCCACCAGCAGUAGUCACUGCCCAGGCAAUGCCAGGGUCCCAUCGCCAGCCCCCACGGGACCGAGCCAAUGCACCCCCCAGCCAGGACAACGACUGUAUGGGGUCUGUCAGUUAUGAGGACUGCCUGGCCCAGCAGCAGCAGCUCCUCCUCACACAGGGGAGCUCCACACUUGCCCCAAAAAUGUACCCCAAACUCUACACAGACAUCCACACACAUACCCACUCCCAUGUGGAUGGAAAGGUGCAUCAACACCAGCACAUCCACUACCAGUGUUAGCUGACCACUCACUUCCCACUCAUCCUCCCUCCAAAUUCCCUACAACCCCCCCCCCCCCCCACCCCAUCCCAUCCUCCCAUAACCCUGCUCUCUCGAAUCAAUGCCCUCUCCGGACUGCACCCAAGGUCGAAUGCCCCAAAAGCUGGAUGUCUGAAAGAAAAGCCUAUCACUGCCGCACUGCUUUCAUGGAACAGGGUCAGUAGUGUACUGUGGAAAGGGAGAAUCAUACUUUGAAUUCACCCAUAUUAUGGACACAUAGAAGGUCUUCCAAAGUCUCAGCCAUUUUGAGGAGAUGUCAAAGUAAAUGGUCAGCAGUUGAGAAACACUGUUAUUUGCUAAAUCCCAGUUCGAUGCCAUAGUUUUUGUUGUUGUGUAUUCUACAACAGAAGCAGGGCCACCGUCUGUUACCUGCCUGACUUCACCUUGCACCUCUCUGGCUUGGUGUCGAAUAUAAUCACAGAUUCCAUGGAACAGACCAAAAGGAAAUCCUGAAGUGGCAGCAUGUUUCAUCCUAGAUGCAAGUAAACUUCAGCAAACAGCACAGGAUUACAGUACUGUGAAAACUGCAUGCAUAUUUUUUAUUUGCCAUUGGAUUAAGAAUACACUAACAUAUCUCAACGAUAUGUACAGGCCACAUGGUUUAUAAGUUCUUGCAAAAAGUAAAAAUAAAGUAACUGUAAUGCCUGCACCAAAGUACAGCAAGGUUCAUUUCAAUCUGCACUUCAAAGUUUUGUAUUGGCUUUAAAAGGUACUGUCAGAAACGAACUGUGUCUUACCUGGAUUCAUUUAUGGAAUUGCUUUUCGGAGCCAGAUAUUGGACCUCAUAGAAAAUGGUGAAAUAAUAUAUACAUUUCUUGGGUUUUUCAUGAAAUCAGGAAUUUGGGAGAUUCACAUAACUAUUCACCACGUUUUCUUGCACUUAUUUGGUUCUAAGAAGGUGAAUGUGGUUCAAAGCAUUCUGGCCCACACUCAAAGAAGUACCCUACCUGUGAGUUUAUUCUUCCAGCAAAGUAAUAUUUGUGUGGAUGUAUAUGGAUGGUAGGGCCCAAGGGGGGUUCUAAAUCACAAGCAAUGGAUCAUUGGCCUAACGGAAUUAACGGACAUUAGGAGGUGCGGCGUGGACCACCUCGUGUUAUUGUCUUCCAGUCCCAACCACCUCUGCCCUGUCUGGGAGGACAUAGCUCUAAGAGGGCUGGACAUUGUGGAAAGAUCCGGAAAGGUUAGUUUCAAUCUUGUAUACUCAGGUGGCCUGCCUUUUUUUUAAAGCUCUUUUUAUAUUUGUUCCUUAAUCUCCUUUGUUUGUUCAUGUUCUAAGGAUUUGUGUACACUACCCUGACCACUACCGGUGCCAAUUGGAAACUACAAAUUUUGCCUUUGACUGCUGUGUUUCCCUGCUCUGUUGGUGGCUUCUGGGACUGUGGGAAAGAAUGAAAAAGAUGCCCACUGAAUGGCAAAUUGUCAGGACUGCCAUGGUGGGGAGGGUUGGUCAUUAAUUAUAGGUAUAACAAUAAAAUAUCAGAGAUUAUGAAUCCAAAAUGUUCAGUCUUGAAGCGGCCCUGUGUUUUGUACAACUGAGCCGCCUGAGUGGGCUGCCAUGUUUAAGAUCCAAUAGUCUUGGAUAGAGUUUUGAUUUGAAUAACAUAAAAGUUGUUGUAAACAAUUUCUUGUCAUUGCAUUUUACUAUCUUUGGAGGAAUACAGGACCAUGGUAAUGCCUAUGUGGACUAGAGUCAAAUUUAACAACAAAAUAUAAAGCUUUACUAAUUAUAUAUAGAUUUUAAAUAGAAGUCAUGUAUAUUUAAUUUAUUUUGGUAAGCAAAAAGUAAUGUAUAAUAUGUUCAUCAGGCAUUUAAAUACCUACUUUGAUCCAAAAGAUAAACAAUUGAUGCCAUUUUGUUCCUAUAGAUGCCAUGUAAGCUAUGUAGUAUACAUCAAGUACAUUGUCAAUGCUAUAUUUGUAUGUGCUGUUUAAAGGACAAAUAUGUUAUUAGCAAUCUGUGUAUUGACAAUCCUGUACAGUCUACCCUCUUUUUAAGUUGAAAGUGCUAGUAAAAGUUUAUUCAUUUGGAGACAUUUUAAUCAUUUUAUCAUUAUUAAAAGGAGAAGAAAAAACAC